AUGAUGACUGCGGCCAGUCUCCCCGCGUAUCCCUGUCCAUCCCUCCCGCGCCUCCUCUCCCUCCUCCCCACCCUCGUCGUCCUCCUCCUCGCCCUCUCCCUCCCCGCGGCGCGCGGCGAGAUCUCUGACGCGCUGCUGGAGGCGGACAAGCGCGCGAUCGUGCUGUUCGACACGUUCGGGUUCGAAUCCAACGGUCACGUUGACAUGAACGUGUCGUCUGUCGAGGUGCUUGUGCCGGAGAACGCGGCGGCGGCCGACAAGACGUUGAUGGGAUUUUUUUUAACGACGGCGGAGGACGAGUUAGAGCUUCAGAACGACUUCCAGGCGGGACACUGCGUGCUCGCCAACGCGCACGUGCACCGCCUCUUCACGCUGCAGGACGUGGUAUCACAGCAGCAGGGUCCAGACAAGCCCUUCACCUUGCGCUACACAGUGCCCGACGCCAAGGAGUACUCUCUCUUCUUUGCCAACUGCCAGCCGCACGCGCGCGUCUCCCUCAACUGCUCCUUCGCCCUCUACAACGUCGCUCCCAGCGGCCGCAUCGACUACCUCCCGGGCGGCAAAACCCAGCUGCCCAUGCUCUACAGCGCCUUCUACCUCGCGUACAUGGUGGCCGGCAUCGUUUGGAUUUAUCUGUGCCACAAGCACUGGGCGAGAACCCACCGGAUUCACAUUCUGAUGGGCGUGCUGGUGCUGCUGAAAGCGUUCACUGUGCUGUCACAGGCGGGGGAGUAUGCGUAUAUCCGCGCCACGGGGGACCCGCAAGGGUGGAACAUUGCUUUCUACGUGUUCAGCUUCUUCCGAGGAAUCAUGCUGUUCACGGUGAUAGUGUUGAUUGGCACGGGGUGGUCCGUGGUGAAGCCGUACCUGCAGGACAAGGAGAAGAAGGUCAUCCUCAUUGUCAUUCCGCUGCAGGUCUUUGCGAACAUCGCAACAAUCAUCCUGGACGAGAGCGGGCCGUCGUCGCAGUCAUGGUUCACGUGGCGUGACAUCUUCCACCUGCUCGACAUCCUCUGCUGCUGCGCCGUCUUCUUCCCCAUCAUCUGGUCCAUCAAGCACCUCCGGGAGGUUGCGCAUUCCGACGGCAAGGCAGCACGCAUCGUUGCCAAGCUACAGCUCUUCCGGCACUUUUAUGUGCUCGUGGUGUGUUACAUAUACUUCACGCGCAUCGUGGUGUACGUUUUGCGGUCCACCAUGCCGUAUCAGUACGCAUGGACAGCGGAUUUGGCGGGAGAAUUGGUAACGCUGGUGUUUUAUUGCGUUACGGGUUACCAGUUCCGGCCAAUGGAAGAGAACCCGUUUCUCGCCGUGCAUGAUGAUGACACGGGAGGGUCGGAUGGGAUAGAGAUGGAUAAGGGCGCAAGCAAGCCGCUCAAGGCAGGUGACGACGAGGACGAUGAGUUUGACCUGUGA